AUGACUUCCCAUCCAUUUGACCCUAUCCGUCCCAAUGAGGUCAGCCUCGCGGCGGAAAUUCUCCAGGCAUCGUUUCCAGGGGUAUCUCUGCGGUUCAAAGUGAUCGAUGUUCAAGAACCUAUCAAGCGAGAUGUCGUGCCGUACCUUGAGGCAGAGCGACUGGGCACUCCUCUGCCCGCGAAGCCAGCUCGGAUCAUUCAAUCACUAUUCCACAGACUCGAUACCAAAGCCUUCCUAAAGGCCCUCAUCAAUUUGGACACGAGGACGGUAAUCUCGGCGAAGGAAUUACCCAAACAUGUACAGGGACCUGGCGACAUCGAUGAGGUAAUCGAAAUCGAGCAACUCUGCCUCAAACAUCCCGCAGUCCUCGCUGAAAUUGAAAAGCUGAAACUUCCAUCUGGCGUCACCGUUCUCAAUGAUCCCUGGAUCUACGGCUGUGACGAUGAAAAUGAGACCAGAAGGUUGUUCCAGUGCUACAUGUACAUGGCGGAAACAAACCACGCACAGGCAAAUCACUAUUCACUGCCACUUCCCUUCUCUCCAGUUUUCGAUUGUCUCACCCAUGAACUUGUGCGUAUGGACUACCUCCCAACCGGAACGGACCAUUCGACCACCGAAACCAGUCCGUGGAAGCCAGUCAAAGCGGUUGAAUAUGCCCACGACCUGCUGAAUGAGCCACUGAGAACGGAUCUUAAACCCUACGUCGUGCAGCAACCAGAGGGCGCUUCUUUUUCUGUCAAUGGCAAUGCUGUCCACUGGCAAAAGUGGGAUUUCAGAAUUGGCUUCAAUUACCGCGAUGGCCUGGUCCUGUACGGUGUUACAUAUGAUAAACGCAGCGUCUUUUACCGUCUUUCUGUAUGCGAAAUGACUGUUCCAUAUGGCGACCCUCGAGCUCCAUACCACCGCAAACAAGCAUUCGAUGCCGGUGACAUCGGGACGCCGGGCUUCAAUACAAAACACACCAAUUAUCGCACCGCGGAAGCCACCGUUGUCAGAAAGCGCCAGCUUGUCGUGCAGGUUAUCUGCACUGUCUCCAACUACGAAUAUAUCUUCGCUUGGAUCUUCGAUCAAGCAGGAAGCAUCGAGCUGGAAGUCCGCGCAACCGGCAUUCUUUCCACCAUGCCAAUUAACAACGAGAACGGCGCCACCGUGCCGUGGGGCACCAAUGUUGGACCCGGCGUCAUGGCGGCGUUCCAUCAGCAUAUCUUCUCCAUGCGCAUUGACCCGGCCAUUGAUGGACAUGAUAACACCGUGAUAUAUCAAGACAGCGUGCCAAUGCCAGAUGACCCUGUGGCCAACCCAUACGGCGUUGGAUAUGUAACAGAAACGACUGUGCUGAAAACGUCCGGGACAGCCGAUACUAACGUUGAGAAGUAUCGGGUCUUCAAGAUCCGCAACGAUAGCGUCAUCAACACAAUCUCGCGCAAGCCGGUAGCUUACACGCUGCAGACUCUGCCUAGCCAGAUGAUGUUGAUGAGUCCUCUCAGCUUCAAUCGGAGGCGUGCACAGUUCGCGACCAAGCCGAUCUGGGUGACCAGAUACCAAGAUGGAGAACUCCAUGCUGCCGGCGAGUUCACAAACCAGAGCAAGAAAAGCUCUGGUGUCAAAGAAUGGGUGGAAAGGAAUAAUAAUAUUGAAAACACUGAUGUCGUAUUAUGGCAUACAUUCGGCCUUACACACAACCCACGUCCUGAGGACUUCCCCAUCAUGCCUGCCGAAAGGAUAAGCAUAUGCUCAAACCGGAUGGGUUUUUCGAGAAGAACCCCGCUCUCGACGUCCCUCCUUCCAAUCAAACUUUUAAUCGUUCUCAACUGCAUGAGGAUGGGGAAAGUCGCGGAACCCUGGCAGCAUCUUGCCGUUGCCCUCCAGAAACAGCUGAAUCGUAAAGUUGGGGGGGAAGGUGGGGUGUAUAGAGUCAGCGUUUGCUGCGGCAAUAGAUAUGUUCGCAAAUGUAAAUAA